GGCGGCCGCGGCCCGGGCGCCCCGACGGGAGGGGCUCCGGAUCGCUGGGAGGCGGCCGAAGCCCUGCGGCGCCGCCGGCUACGGCGGCCCCAUGAGUCGGGGGACGAUGCCUCAGCCCGGAGCGUGGCCGGGCGCUAGCUGUGCCGAGAAGCCGGCAUGGGAGGCGGGAGCCGCGGCGCCGGAGGGCGGGAAGUUUGCGGCCGGUGGGCCACCGCGCGUCGCGGUGCGGUGCCCGUCCGAGCACGAGGAGGACAUGUAUCGUGCGGCGGAUGAAAUAGAAAAGGAGAAAGAAUUACUUAUACAUGAAAGAGGGUCAUCAGAACCUAGAUUAAGUGUAGCUCCUGAAAUGGAUAUCAUGGACUACUGCAAAAAAGAAUGGAGGGGAAAUACGCAAAAAGCAACAUGUAUGAAAAAGGGCUACGAGGAGGUGUCCCAGAAAUUCACCUCCAUCAGGCGAGUCCGCGGAGAUAACUACUGUGCGCUGAGGGCCACGCUGUUCCAGGCCAUGAGCCAGCCGACGGCGCUGCCCUCCUGGCUGCAGGACCCGGAGCUCACGCUGUUACCAGAAAAACUCAUAAGCAAAUACAGCUGGAUCAAGCAGUGGAAGCUGGGACUGAAAUUUGAGGGGAAGAGCAAGGACCUGGUGGAUAAAAUUAAGGAGUCCCUCGCUUUACUGAGGAAGAAGUGGGCAAGCCUGGCUGAACUGAGAACGGCAGAAGCAAGGCAGAUGGCUUGUGAUGAACUGUUCACAAAUGAAGAAGAGGAGUACAGCCUCUAUGAAGCUGUAAAAUUCCUAAUGCUGAACAGAGCCAUUGAACUCUAUGACGAUAAAGAGAAGGGAAAGGAAGUGCCGUUUUUCUCUGUGCUUCUCUUUGCUCGGGAUACAUCAAGUGAUCCUGGUCAGCUGCUGCGGAACCAUCUGAACCAGGUGGGGCACACUGGCGGCCUGGAACAGGUCGAGAUGUUCCUCCUGGCCUACGCCGUGCGCCACACCAUCCGGGUGUACCGGCUCUCCAAGUACGGCACCGAGGAGUUCAUCACGGUCUACCCCACCGACCCCCCCGGGGACUGGCCGGUGGUGACCCUGAUCGCCGAGGACGACCGGCACUACAACGUCCCCGUCCGGGUGUGUGAGGAGACCAGCCUGUGAGCCGCGCUUGGACCGCCUGGCCACGCGGCUGAGGGGCGCAGGCAGCCCCUCGCCAGGGCCUCGGGCCUGCAGGUCCCUGAGCCCAACCUUUGAGGACACCUGGGCCCAGUUAGCCUCGCCGGACUGGAAUGUUCUGGGGACUAACUUUGGCGAAUCAGUAGUAACUGCGAUUUUUUCCCCCUCAUCUAUGAUGCAGUAUGUUUCCGUGGGGGCCUUCAGAGCACACCUGUUACAAGGUGCAAACUACACCUCCUCCAUAAAACACACAGUUUUAUAUCAGAGGAGUCGCGUGCUGGACAGAAAAGCGUCCAAAGCGCUCUCUCAUAGUAAACUGGCUUUCAGUUUUUUUUUUUAAGGUGGUAAUUUUUGUUCUGGUGGUCACAGCGUCUGCAGUGCCCUUUCUCUACAACUAUGCAAUCAGUUCACACGGUAGAAGUCGGGGGCAGAGCCUGCGAACAGCCCAGCAUCCCUGAUAGUCUCACCCAGCAAUGGUUUGAAUUCACAUGUUAAUUAAAGCUGUUAUAAGCCGAGUGUCUAAUAGAAGAAUCAGAACUGGGUCCAAAAGUGAGCUGCUUAAAGGCUAGAGAAGGGGCUGCAGGAGGAAGGCAGCGGCCCCAGGACAUUGUUGCUCUGCCAGGAUGUGCCAGGCGUCUGUGGUCACAGACACCCCGGCUUGGGAGCCUGGUGCAGGGGUGGGUGGUCGGCGGGAGUGGUGGUCGGCGGGAGGGGCUGUUCCUUCAUCUGCAGUUCCACAGAUUCACCAUCAUCUAGUCAGAGUCAAGCUUAGACCCGUGUGCAUUUUUAUAGGAAACCAAGGCCAAUUGAUGAGUUUCUGGAAAGUGCUUCCAUUGCCAGGUUCCUGUCUCACAUCUCUUGGAGGGGAUCAGUAGCAGCAGAGGCUCUCUGGUUUUCAUGAGUAAGUUUUCAGUAGAAGGAUGUGCUUGUCACUGAUUGCAGAGGCAUGGCCGAGCUGCACCCGCCCUUAGUCGGGUUUGGGAUGCCCCGGGGAGGCAGCGUCUGGCCACGAGUGGUGGCCUGCCUGAUCAGUCACAGGCUAGGGUGGUGCCUGGCGGGCGAGGGUGGGCUCGGGCAGCCCAGCUGAGCCUUGUCUGCAUUAGGGCCCGAAUCCCGGUGGUGCGUGGACACCUCACUCUUUCAGACUAUCAGCGGCACCUGGAUUGGCUCAGUAUUUGUGGAGAUGGUGUUACCCUGAAGUACCAAGCUUUAUUCUAUAAUUAUAAAUUACAGUCUUUAUGUGGUUUAAUAUAAUAUAGUUGAUAAGCUAUCUAAUCUGUUCUCCCUCCCCCCGCCCCCCAGGGACAGAACUUUUGUGAAAAAUGUAAGUUUUGCUUUCACUUAAAAAUCAAAAUUUUCUGUUGAGAAAAAACUCAGAGGACACAUAAGGCUAUGCAGACUGUUACACGUGUAUUCCUCCCAUUACCUCAUCAAUAAUAUUCACAUUUUGGUAGAUACUUAACUCAUUAGGGUGUUUGAAUUGAAUUUUACUCUAGAUGUGUGUGAAUGUAUUGGAGAGGCUUUGUCUUUCACUGUGAAAUGCAAUGGUGCCGCAAAUAAUAAGGUACCUAGAAGCCAAAUGAGAAUAAUGACUUCCUGUUGGCUUGGAUGCUUCACUUUAUGUUAUUUGAUUUUCAUGCAGCUUACAAGACGAAAUGCCUACCAGUUCAUUCUUGAACAUGUUUAAAAGCACAACUUCAGACACGUCAGUUGUACAAGGCAGUUGGUGUCUGUGUCCAUCAAACCGCUGGCAGAUUGCCUCUGAUGAGUUUAACAAUACUCAUGAUCUCUGCAUUUUUGAGAAUGUUCUAGUCUUAGUGAACUUGAUCUGGGCUUCUGGGUAGCUCAUUUACAUCUCAUACUUUUUUGUUGUUCCUGUGUAUGAUAUUGUUAGAGUGUGUGCAGAAAUUGUGGUCUUAACUACCCCGUUGAUAAAACUCAAAAACGUGCAUUUAAGUUGCUUUCUGUCCCAAGGCCAUAUUAGACUCUACCCUCAGACUGUCAUGCAGGUUUAGAGGGAUCAUAGCAUCAGAGAAGUAAAGCUCUCAAACAGUACUUCAGGAAAGGUAGAUGCUCAGCGAACUUUAAAAAUACAUUUUUUUUGUUGCAGCAUGCAACUAUAGUUGCCCAGAGUUUUAAUUCCAUUUUUCAUUCUUGCUCUUGGCCUGGUUGGGUGACAUCAGUAGAAUUGAAAUUGAGUUGAGACCAAAAUGGAUUCAGGAGGAUAAUUUACUUAGAGGGGAAUCUCUAAAAUGGUAAGAGUAUUUCCGAAAAAGGAAGGUAAUAGGAACAACACUUUGCUUACUUUCUAUCGCAGGAUUUAUUGCAAGAGUUCAGUGGUUUUGGAGCCCUCUGAUCUUAGCAGAAAGAAGAUACCUGCCUUGAACAGGUGUGACUUAUACCUUUGAGCUCAUUUAAGGUGCAUUAAACCUAAAAAGACUUUCCCUGUAACAAGUUCCAUGGAAUUAAAACUGCUCCUUUCUGUCUUCCCCCUCCUCACCUGCGUUUACAGCUUCCAUUGAUUUCACUCAAUUAGAGAGAAUCGUGAUGGUGCCAGUUGAGAACAAGAUGCCAGUCUUGAAAUGUCAGUUCCUCUUCCUUGGAGUUCAGCAUAUCUGAAAACACCUUAAAGGCACAGAACAGGAUUGACCCUGCUCUCUACAUAGAGCCAUUUACACUUUUAUUAUACUGUUGUACAUUCGAUUAAUGUCUGAAGUUUUCUUUGAUUGUGGAAACAGACAUCCCGUUGGUAUUCUGUCGUCAUUCUUUUUCCCUCCAGUUCUAGGGCUUGUCAAGUAAAAUCUCAGACCCUUUGAAUCUCACCCCACUGUCAGAAAAAACACCUUUGUUGGUGUUUGUGUGCUUGUUUUUCCCUUGUUUAUUUUUCGCAGGGCUGUAUUCGCCUUCUGCCCUCUUCCCCUCAAGGUGCUCUUUUACCUAGGAGCCUGUUGUCCCCUUUCUGAGGCGCUUCCAGGUGGUGACAGCUAGGUGCUGUCUCAGCUUUGAGCAUCCGGCUUCCUGACGUUGCAGCAUAGACGUCAGACAGACCUCCUGACUCUGUCUCCUUUGUGGUGGUAAAGUUUGAUCUCGUUCCUGUCUGUCUCUCUAAAGCAAAACUUUGCAGGUAUUCCCCCUUUGAAAGCCAGACAGUUAUUUUCAGAAAUGCAAACCUCCAGGGAAUUUUACUUGUACGCAUACACAAAAAUACAUGGAUGCCUUUUUUUAAAUGAUCUAUAUCAGUUAAAAACCAAUAAGAAUGUGUUUGGAGUGAAUCUGAAAUGUGUGUGAAAGAUAUAAGAGUCCCCACAUAGUUGAGCAAAGUCAGGGCACAAUAUCAAAAUAAUUUUGCCAACUUACUGAUCAGAAACGUUUCAGUUUUACUUAGAUAACAAAUCACUGGCCACAGGCGUUAGUUUUUGUGAAAAUCCCCCAGUCAGUAAUGUGUUAAAAUGGCCCAAGAACAGUAAGGAGUGAGCUGAAGAGGGACGAACAGAUUUUAGAUGAAAAAAUGCCUUUGAAAAACAAAAUGGAUGCCUAACAGACCUCCUCAGCUUAAGUUAAUAAAAGGAUAAAAAUCUGAA